AUGAAAAUUCCUUGCUUUAAUAAAUGUAAAGUUUUUAAAAAUUCAAACUUUGAAGAGUUAAGUAGUUGCAACAAUAACAAUAGCAAUAGCAACAAUAAAAAUAAGAUUAGAAACAAAAAUAAUUUUAGUAGUAAUAGGAGAAAUAAUAAUAAUUUCAAAUUAAUUAUCAGAGAUAAUAAACUUGAUAUCACAGAAAUAGAUGAUGAUAAUAGUGGUAGUAAUAAUGAUAAAACUAGAAACAGAUAUGACAGCGGCACAAAUUUUUUUGGUUCCACUCAAAAUACUGAAUACAAUAGUAACUACAAUAAUAAUAACAGUAUCAAUCUUAGUAAUAAAAUCAAUCUCUCCAAUGAGUUUUUAGAAGGCAAUUUAUUAAAUAGUAGCAGUAAUUACAAUGGACUCAAACUGGGUAAAAACGCAUUUUAA